UGAAAUUUACUUGCUGAGAAUGCGCGCUUGCAAUUACCAAACAAGCUCGUAACUUCUUAGCUAUCAGUUAUCGCCUUAUGUCACGGAGUCAAGAUCCAGCCAGGGCGCUUAGAACAGAAAAAACCCGCAGAAACGCCCCAUUGACGUCUAGAAUUGGUAGUCUAAAACGGAAUCUGACCAACUCUAUCGGAAUUGGUAGAACUCACAGCCAACAAGACGACACAAUUGCAAGAAUGUCUCCUUCGCAAAAUAAACAACGUGGAAAGCGAACCACAUCAACCACGGACAAUGAGCUACCGAGGACCAACGGACAAAGCGGUAGCCAGUCUAAUAACAGCACCAACCGCGAGUCAAGCAAUGCUCCUUCAGUUUCCCAGCCGGAGACAGACCUAAGCCCUCUAGCUCAAGAGCUUCGCGGGGCGUCUGAGCAGUUGUCAAAUAUUCAGAAGGCCAUUGGAGCUAUAACUGCGUCGUGUAUCCAACAUGCAGACGAUAUUACUCAGAUUCCGGAGUUUCGAGAGAAAUAUGAGAGCCUAAGGAAGGAAGUCGAGAACAAAGACAUAAUAAUUGCAAAUCUACGGACUGCCUUGGAUGUCCUAGAUGAGAGAGCUGCUUAUAAAGAAAAAGCUGCCGCAGAUGAUAUCGAGGCCAAUUUAGCAGAAGGGAGGAGGCUAGAACAAGAGAAAGUAGAAUUUGAACGGCAAAAGAAAGCAGCAGCUGAGGGGUUGAAGGAACAAGAGUCGAAAUUGAAAGACGAAGUUACCAAAACGAUAUCGCGGCGAGAGGAAGAACAAGAUAAGAAGUUCAGUGCCCAAAGGAAAGCUCUAGAAAAUGACAUAGAAAAGCGGAAGAAAGACCAAGAGGAAGAACUCGGAAAUUUGAAAACAAAAACUGAAAAGGACCUUGAGACGAUUGGUAAACUCAAGGCGCAGAUUGACAAGCUGCGAUUUCAGUCGAAAAAAGAGGUUCAGAAAUAUGAAGAUGAGAAAAGGCUAAAGGAAGUGUACAAGCAGGACAUAGAAGGACUUGAGGGAGAGUUGAAGAAUCUACAGGAAGAAUUUUCGUUGAGCAGCGAACCUCUCGAAUACUACCAAAGCGAAUUCCUUAAUAUCUCAGGCGCAAUACAGAAUAUCGCCGUCCGAUAUCUAUCUAGAGACUUAAAUAAAGAGGAGGUUGCAACUUUGCCUAGUGAAAUUCCUGUCGCUGACGUAACAUUUUCCGAUGUCCCUUUCUCAAAUACCGAAACUUCGAGGCAGCUUAGAAUUGCCCAUUCCCAGCGGGUAAUUGCAGACGCUGUACAUGGUACAGUUUGGCAGCCAUUUUCUUCCGAUAUAACGACGGAUGAUUCGAAAUUGUCUAAGCUUCUUCAGGAUGUAGGAGCCGCAGUUGGUACUAGUCGUUCAGCAGAUGUCUGGAGAGCAGUCACGAUGCGUGCACUUAAAUCCAUAUCCAAUGCUCAUACACAGACACAACACAGUCCGUCCCAACCAUUGAGCGUGGCACAUGCCAUCCAGAGCAGGGAAGACAAACUUAUGGAGCUCGUUCUAUCUGUUCUUGGCCCGUUACUAGACCCGUUAGAUUUGCUUCAGUUCAAAGCCGACCUUCUACAGAUCACUAAACAAGCAAUCUCAGUCUGGACUUCUGCUCAAGCCGACGAACGGACAUUCACUGUCAAUCCAAAACUUAAUCAAGGAAACAAACAUGACUGGAAGAUCGCAACCCUUGAUUAUGCCCCCUUUUAUGUUGACAAUAGCAGUCAAGUAGUAGGUCCAAUGAGGCGAAAUGCAGCUGGAGUUUUUACCCUGUUUCCAAUCAUCACUGCUACGAAGCGGAUUCAGGGUCAGAAAGUGGGUCUGGCACCCCCUGGUAGUUGGCCUGGCAAAGACCAGCAGCAAGUUCUAAAUGCAGAAGUUACACUCAUACAUGACAGUCUUGGCCUUCCGCAGGAUUCAGAUAUAGUUCAGGCGGGGAUAUCGGAAAGGGAAGAAGUUAUAAAGAUGAGAUUGGUACACGAAGAAGAAUGGAACCAGAAAAUUGCCGAGAAAGUAGCCCAUACUAGAAACAACUCUACGGCUGGUGCCAUGUCCGGGCCACCAAGCCCAUCUGCGUCGUGGGGUAUGAAUAAGCUGAGCAGUCAGAAGUCCGAGACUGGAAAGUGAAUAAAACACUGCACUGGUAUGGGUAGGUUUGUUAUCUACGUGUUGUGGUGGUCAUCUUGGUUUACAAUGGAG